AUGCCAAAGGACGACGCAACCACGCCAGCACGUCCUCAACGACCAAAUCAGAGCAUGACAUCCACUUCGCGUGACAUAAGUUUCUCUUACGAUGCCUUCACCUCAAAUCCUGUCGUGUCUGUUGCGCGGGAACGAGCUGUAGGAAUGGCCCAGUCUGCUCGCGAAUGGCUUUCUCCAACAAUGCCUGAUUGGCGUGCGCCUCUGUCCCAACUCGAGUCACUGACGACAGUAAUGUUCAAUCCUUUGGCUGCCCAUCCUGUCUAUCGCAGCGAGUCAAUGGCAAAAGCCAUGCAGCUUAUGCACCAGCAACAACUCCAACAACAACGUUCGUCUGGUUCGUCUUCUUCAUCCUCAGCUUCCUCUUCAUCGUCAUCCAUUUCGACCAAAAAACAAAUCGCCUGGCCGUCAAGUGCUGUCCUGCUGCAGGCCGAAAUACCCGAGUCAAGUGCGCCACUUUCCUUAUUCCAGGGCUUCUCGGCUGCAUAUCCCUCAUUUACUAAUGGACCUGCCAAAAAACAGCGGCAUAAACGCAAGAAACAAUCCGGAACACCAAAAUCAUCUGCUCAAAAAGCUGCCACAAAGGCCUCACGUUCAAUGGCACAACUGAUUGCAGAGCGAGAAAAACGAGCAAGAGAGAGUGAUCGGUUAGAGAUGCAAAAGGCUUCUACGACUAAUGAAGUGCUUCAAUUAAACCUUCAAAUCGAAGAAUUGAUCAAUAAACGUAAAUUGCUCGAGGCGAAAUGGGCCAAACUGGAAUCAAAGGAUCGACAUCUCAGGGCAAGCAUCGAAGAAAUCAACGAUGCUAUGGCUGCUAUUGAGGAUGAAGGUCGUGAUGACGGAAGUGUAAGAAGCAGAAGAGGGCGAUCAAUCAAGGAAGAGGAGGAGUCUGAAGAGGAGAUGGAAAGCGGGACAUGUUUCAAGACCUUUGAGGGACAUGAUGAACGUAUCCUGUCUUUGGAUUUCAACCAUCCCCAAGGUAUUAUGGUAUCUUCUUCUAUGGAUGGUACAGUGCGUGUGUGGGACCUGCACCGUAGUCGAUGUUUGGGUACAUUGGAAGGUCAUACCAGCCUUGUGCGAUGUCUCCAACUGGACAACACUCGGCUGAUUACUGGAUCUGACGAUGGAACGAUCAAACAUUGGGACCUUUCUGCUGUUGCUGCACCAUCUCCUUCUUCUGUCAGUUCUUUCUCGGUUUAUUCGAGUGAACCAAGCUCACCCACCUUGUCGGCAUACACAACAACCCAGGAUGAUAUCAUUCCUCUUCCAAGUGAAUGUUAUCUUGGGGCCUUUGAAGGACAUUCUGCAGAAGUAACGGCUCUUUAUGCAGAUGAAGACACGGCAGUAUCAGGAUCCAAUGACAAGACGAUGAAGCAAUGGGAUCUUGAGACAAGACAGUGUGUCUUGACUCUGGAUGUGAUGUGGGCAAGCAAAAGUGCUGAAGGAACAAAUUCUUGGAGCUCCUUUGAUCGCUGGUCGCUCGAUAGCCUUCAGCAAAGUCUGUUUGAGCCUGCUAGUGAUUUUGUAGGUGCACUGCAGUUCUGGAACUUUGCUUUGGCAAGUGGUACUCUGGAUGGCAAGAUCCGGAUGUGGGAUUUGAGAACAGGUCAAACCCACCGUACACUCCCCGGUCACAAUGGUCCGGUUACAUCGUUGCAAUUUGAUGAAGUCCACCUUGUUAGUGGCAGUACAGAUAAAACUAUUCGGAUUUGGGAUUUACGAACCGGCUCUGUAUUUGAUACCCUUUCGUACUCUGGUCCUGUAACAAGUCUCCAGUUCGAUUCAGGAAAGAUUGUUAGUGCUGGAAGUACACCGUCUAUUGAUGUCUAUAACCGUACAUCUUUCCAACACAACUCUCUGACUGGACAUACAGGUGCAGUAAACUCUGUCCGGUUCCGCAAAAAUGUACUGGCAAGUGGUGGAAAAGACAAGGUGGUUAAGUUAUGGACACUUUAGAGUAUAUAUAUAUAUAUAUAUAUAUAUAUAUAAGGAAGAAAGAAAGAUAAUAAGAGGAAGGAGGAUGAGGGAGGUUUCGCAUCUUGAUUGGGUUUGUUUUCUUGUAUUGAAGAAGAAGAAGAAGAAAAAAACUCGGCUUUAGAUGAAUUUGUAAAUUAAGUUAAAAUAGAAACCAUUAGUUUUUUUUUAUUAUUUUUUAUUAUUAUUUAUUAGUAUUAUUUCUUUUCACACACUACACACAUUAUACACACAUUCAGUAUAUACACAAUUUUUUUAGUAACAAUUAUCAUUGUUUCUAUAUACAAAUGAAAAUACUUGAUAAAAAAUAAAUAAGAAAAAGAGACAUUAUUGAUC